AUGGCGGAUCCAGCUGCCGUUUCUGAUGUGCCUCCUGUGGAAGAACCCGAAGCGCCUACCGAGCCAGAGCCCGCUCCAGAACCUCUAGCAGAGCCGCCUGCUGACCCAGCACCCGAAGAGGCUGCCCCAUCCACUCCUAAGCCUGUUGUUGAACCAGAACCAGAACCAGAAUCGCAAGCGGAGCCCGAGGCAGCACCUGAGAAGACACCAGAGCCUGUAGCCGAAGCGCCUCCUGAGCCAAAAGAAGAGCCUCCAGUUGAAGGUAAGCCUGAGCCUAUUCCUGAAGAAUCGGUACCAGAACCGGGACCGGAACUGGCAGCCGAAGCUCAUCCUGGGAUCGAGGAGCGUCCUGUUGGGGAUCAGCCAGCACCUAAUUCCGAAGAACUGGUAGCAGAGCCAAAACCAGUACCCAAGGAGGUACAAAAGCCCGCAGUCGAAGCUCUGCCUGAGCCAACAGACGAGCCCAUAUCCAAGAACCCACCUGAGCCUGCUGCCGAGCUGGCGCCCGAACCUGCUCCCCAAGAACCAGUCGCAGAGCCGCCAGCCGGAGAGUCUGAAGCUGCACCUGCUCCGGUUCAACGUUCCAUGGAUCCUGAAAGGGAACCAGAGCCAGAGUCUGAAAGUGUUCCAGAAGAAUCGCCAGUAGAGCCAUCAGCUGAAGAACUGCCAACGGAACCUCGAACCUCAGAACCUGAAGCUACACCUGCUCCGUUGCAACGUUCUGUCGACCCUGAGCCUGAGCUACAUACUGAACCUGAAGCUGUUCCUGAAGAACCUCCAGCUGAAGUACCUGAAACAGAAUCCCCAAUCGAACCUUCACCAGCAGUACCCGAAGCGGUUCCACCAGCAGAGCCUGAGCCUACAGCAGAGCCAACGUUGCAAGUGCCAGCUAUAGCACCUGUCGAAACCGAACCUACAGAACCUGCGCCAGCAAGUGAGCAAGUGCCUGAGCCUGCCGCUGCUCCUGAAGCUGAGGCCGAGGCUAAAUCUACAUCUGUGCCUGUCACGAGGGUAGCCGAAGCAGAAGAAGGCGCUGGGGCAGUAACUGAGCCUGAAACCGUGGCAGAAGAACCCGAGCCAGCACCGGCUACUGCGCCUGGAGUUGCCCCUGAUUCCGGAGCAGCAGAGCCAGGAGCACCUACCGAACCUGCACCCGAGCCAGAAGCCGCGCCUGCAUACACAGCUGCAGAGGCAGAGGACGUGCCAACUGCAUCUCCAGAAGCUCUUGCACCUGAACCCACACCAUCUGUAGCAGAAACAGAAGCACCAGCUCCUUCUGUGGCAACGACGACUGCAAAAACUCGCAAGCGCGACAAGGUCAAGCUACUUGCAGCUAUGCGUGCACCACCCGAGUCUGUUCCUAUCAUGGUGCUUCUCCGCCAGAAGAAGAAGGCUGGUGAGGAUGUCAAGGCUAUAGCAGACGCUAUGCUUGCAGCUGCAGGAUCGUGA